AUACCCGGAAGGUUUUCGGUGUUACUCUUGUGUCUACUUAGCAUACUUGUUUGCCUGUGCUUUUCACUUGUUUGUAGAAAAAGAGGUACCAAUUCAAAGCGUGCCUCUCUCCUUCAUCUGUUUCGACAUGGCGGGAAACUUCUGGCAAAGUUCUCAUUAUCUGCAGUGGGUUCUGGACAAGCAAGAUCUGAUGAAAGAGCGCCAGAAGGAUCUCAAGUUUCUUUCCGAAGAGGAAUACUGGAAGCUGCAGAUUUUCUUUGCCAAUGUGAUUCAGGCUUUGGGGGAACAUCUUAAGCUGCGGCAGCAGGUCAUCGCUACUGCAACUGUUUACUUCAAACGCUUCUAUGCCAGGUAUUCCUUGAAAAGUAUAGAUCCGGUGCUCAUGGCUCCCACCUGUGUGUUCCUAGCUUCCAAAGUUGAGGAAUUUGGAGUUGUGUCCAAUACGAGGCUGAUCUCUGCAGCGACAUCUGUUUUGAAAACAAGAUUUUCCUACGCCUUUCCAAAGGAGUUCCCUUACAGAAUGAAUCAUAUAUUAGAAUGUGAGUUCUACCUUCUGGAGUUGAUGGACUGCUGCCUGAUAGUGUACCACCCGUACAGACCGCUGCUGCAGUAUGUGCAGGACAUGGGACAGGAGGACAUGCUGCUGCCUCUCGCCUGGCGAAUAGUGAAUGACACAUACAGGACAGAUCUGUGCCUACUCUACCCUCCCUUCAUGAUCGCCUUGGCCUGCCUGCAUGUGGCCUGUGUGGUGCAGCAGAAAGACGCCAGGCAGUGGUUUGCAGAGCUUUCUGUCGACAUGGACAAAAUCCUGGAGAUUAUCAGGGUCAUCCUGAAGCUGUACGACCAGUGGAAAAACUUUGAUGACAGGAAGGAGAUGGCAGCCGUGCUGAACAAGAUGCCUAAACCCAAACCACCUCCUAACAGUGAAAGUGACCAGAGCUCCAAUGGGAACCAAAGCAACUCCUACAGCCAGUCUUAGCGCUGCCUCUAAUGUUUCCAUAAUGUUGAUGUAGAAAGAGAGGGGUGGAUCUUUUUUCCUUUCUCUUGUCAUUAUGGAUUUGUGGAUUGUGCAAGCAGCUGCUUAAUUGCCUGUGGGGAAACCUGAUGAGUGAUGACAGUUUAGGUCUCCAAGAUCAGGCUCUGCUUCAGACUUGAAAUGAACUUUAAAUUGAAGAACUUUUGAGGGGAUCUAGGAAUGUGGGUGAAACUUAAAGGAGGACAGAUGUGACAGUCCACUUUAGACCUGUUUUAAUGUCAUUGUGAUGAUCCUGACAUCCUUGAACAGCCCAGAGGAGCGAAUCGUCUCAUGUGGACCUCCGUGGGGAUUCGAGAAUACUUGAUCACAAAGACUGUGUCUGUGUGUGUCUUUGUGUUUAGGAGUGAGUGUGUGUGUGUGUGAGUGAGAGAGUGGGCAAAAUGUGAGCGGCCAGUCUGUGUGGGUUUUCAUUCCUCAGGGACUUAAGUAGUCUUUGUAUGUAACUUGAUUUGAUCCUGUGCUGUCAGAGAGUGGAUCUGAUUGGAUAUCAGGCUGUGCAGAUGUGAUGUGAUUGGACACCCUGUGGGGUCUGUGCUGUUUGAUCAUGAAGAGAGGCACAAAAUUAACUCUUUGAAUCCAAGAAUUUACUGUUUCGAUCAUGACCUCCUCCUCCCUCCAGAGUUUAUCUUCUCUUUUGUAAAUAGCCUUAUUAUGUUUUUCAUUUAUUUAGGUUUUUGCGUUUUGUUCUUUACAAAACAGAAAUCAUGAGCUUCUUGUGUCUACAGAUGAAAGUGCCCGCUUUUGAUUCAUUGUCAUGUUUUGGUUCUUCUGCUGCAAUUCUCAUUAUUUUUCCGUUCCUUUGCAUUAGUUGUAGAUAACAUUUCUUGUACAAAGUUUUUGUAUAGGCUUUUUUGGGGUAAAUUUAAAUACAUUUAUUUUAUUUUAUUUUAAGUUUUUGUUUUACAUUCUUCUUAGUUCUAAACUUCCCUCUGCCAUCUUUUUAAUUGCUCAUUUGUGGCAAUGUACGUGUGCAUAAACCUGUAAAUGUGUCUAUUUUUGUGUUGUAGUACUGUGCAAGCUGUGUGGAUGUAAACAAAAGAAGGUGCUUGAAAGCCUUACAUAAAUAAUAGCUGCUGGUUACAGAGAAAAGCCUUCAUUAAAAGCACAUUGUCCCAUUCAGGUCAA